AUGUCGCACGAUCUCAGAUCGCAUGUGCGGUCUUCGUCUGAAAACAUCAACCGCCGCUCGCUGGGCCUGCAAAGACGGGUCCUUGGCACGUUAUCAACCAACUUGGCCGCUUCGCGUGUUGCAAAACGCGACGACACACGGCGCCGCCGCGUCGAAGUGAAGGAGGCUGACCAAGAAAACGACAUUGUGGCGUCUGCACCCUUGUCAACCAGCACGCAGCCUCUCUCAGACGAUGUGCUAAUACACAGACACUUUGAUCGCAUUCCCCCUGUGCCCGGUCAGACAGACUCGGAGCCCGCGACACCGCAGAUUUUCUCUGAUGCGUUGAGUGACAAAGUGUCGAACGAAGAAGAAGAGGAGGAAGAAGAAGAUGACGAUGACGACGACAAGAUAGACUAUUCGGGACCACAAGAACCCAAAUGGAACCGCCAAAUUUUCAACGAAUUGCAGCAUGUCAUGAACAAGUAUUCCCGCACCACAUUGGACGAAAACGACGAAGACACAUACGAUGUGACCAUGGUGGCUGAAUACGCGCCCGAGAUCUUCAAUUAUUUGCAUGAGCUAGAACACAGACUUUCACCGUCACCUAAUUACAUGGACAACCAGGAUGAACUAAGAUGGGAAAUGCGUGGCGUGCUUAUCGAUUGGGUGGUGCAAGUGCACCAGCGCUUUAACCUACUUCCAGAAACGCUUUUCCUAACGGUGAACUAUAUUGACCGCUUCCUUAGCCGUCGCCGAGUGUCUUUAUCGCGUUUCCAGCUUGUUGGUGCUGUGGCGUUAUUCAUUGCUGCCAAGUAUGAAGAAAUCAACUGCCCCACCGUCCAAGAAGUGGCCUACAUGGCCGACAAUGCCUAUAAUAUCGAUGACUUUCUCAAAGCUGAGCGGUUUAUGAUCGACGUGCUCGAGUUUGACAUGGGCUGGCCUGGCCCCAUGUCGUUUUUGAGAAGAACAUCCAAGGCCGACGACUACGACUACGAAACACGAACCUUAGCCAAAUACUUUUUGGAAAUCACAAUCAUGGACUCACGCUUUGUCGCCUCGCAGCCAUCGUGGCUUGCAGCAGGCGCACACUAUCUACUGAGGAAAAUUCUCAACAAGGGCUCGUGGACAGAGCUCCACGUGUUCUACUCAGGCUACACUGAGGAACAGUUGAGACCGUUGGCACGCAUAUUCAUGGACAUUUGUCUGCAAGCGGAACAGAAUCACAAGGCGAUUUUUGAAAAAUAUCAAGAACGCCGCUACAGACGGUCGUCGUUGUUUGUACAAGAAUUUCUUCGGGCCAUGCGCCAGUCCACGCGCGAAUAG